AUCCUAUUACAUAUUACACCGUAGUGAACCUGGACUUCAUGUCAUCCAUAUUCAGUAAAGAGAAGCGAAAUCAAGUCUAUAUGCAUGCUCAUCUCACUGCCACGGGCCACUCUCUUCCACCUGCCUUAUAUAUAUGUAUAUAGCUUUAAUUUACACAUAAUUUCGCCAUAUUUGUGUCAUAAUCAGACUCUUUCUUUCUAUACAUGUAAACCUGGAACCUCAUCUUCUUUAAAUUCAAUCUCAUUCUUUUGCAAUAUACCAUGGCAAAGCGCCCUAUGAGGUUCAACAACACGCGUGCUGCUUUCGACGAGGCCGCUCAGAUGAGGCUUUGUGAGAGCAGCGGCAGCGAGCACUACUCGCCUGACAAUUCUGCUGACCUUUCUGAGCUUGUCAAUUCUUUUAUCGAAAGGGACUAUCGAAUUCAAGGAGACAAUGCAAAAGAUCAUGAUCUGGAACAUGAUUCCAAACUCGAACAAUUGGAGAGUUUCUGCUCUGAUUCUGAGGACAAGAAUAUCUUGGAGAAUUUGCUUAAUGACAAUGAUGACGACGAUGCCAAAAGAAAGAUUCGCGCCGAGACACAACUUGCAUGUGGGAUUGUAGGGGAAAGGUCUUCGCAUGGCUUCAAGCGCAGAUUGAUGUCUCGUUUACGAGAACAAGGCUUUGAUGCUGGUCUUUGCAAAUCCCGGUGGGAGAAAUUUGGAAGGCACCCACCUGGAGAAUACGAGUAUGUAGAUGUGAAUAUUGAUGGGAAUCGCUUCGUUGUUGAAGUGUUUCUAGCGGGAGAAUUCGAAAUUGCUCGUCCCACCACCGGUUACGCCGCACUCCUUGAUGCUUUUCCACUAGUAUUCAUUGGCAAGCCUGAGGAGCUCAAGCAGGUUGUGAGAUUAAUGUGCAGUGCAAUAAGACGGUCGAUGAAAGAGAUGGACUUGCAUGUCCCACCAUGGAGGAGAAAUGGGUACAUACAGGCCAAAUGGUUUGGUCCCUAUAAGCGGACAAUCAAUGAAAUUCCGGUUUCAAAGAGACUGGAACCCAGCGACUCUUUUGCUGCAAAACGGUCAGUUGGGUUUGAGGCUUACCCAGUUAAGGCUUACCAUUGCAGUGAUGAUUUUGCUAGAGAUAAGAUGGGCUUCAAAGUUGGCUAUUUGACUGCUGCAUUCAAUGGCAGUGGUUGAUGCCAUAGUCUCAUUGCAGGCCAAAUUUUGGCUGCUGCGGCUGAACUUGUGUAUAGGAAAAAUUAGUGUCAUACAUUGUUUUAAUAGGUAAUUUUCAGAUGGUUAUUUAUUAGAUUUUAUUUUAUUCCCCAUUUUAAGUGAGUAGCGCUGGGAGUUUGAAAGUAAUUGGAUUGUAAUUAUGCUUUUGCCCGGAAGAGCUAUCAUAUAAUCUGGCUAUUGAAUCCGAUGAUACCAGCAGUUAGCAGAUGUGUUGAGAGGAAUGAACAGGUGAGGUGAAUGUCAAUUCCUAUUCAAUAAGGAGAAAAUCAUCAGUAAGUGAAUUAUGUAAAAAAUGUAAACCUUAAUUCAUCUGUUCCCAAA